AGCGCACUCUGUCAGAUUUUGCGCGGUCUGCCCGACCACAAGUUGUGUGAUGAGCUGGCUGUGUUGUUUCAGUGGCUUCUAUGAUAUUCACUUCAAACGGAUUGUGUUGGUGUACCUGCUAAGAGGAAUCAACUGAACUGUCCUUUUCUUACCUUUUCACAGGUUGGUAAGCGAGAUGACGGCUGGUUGAUAGCAAUGGAAAAAGUGAGGUGAUGUGAUCGCGGACGCAAACUGUGUAUCGAACAAUCAGCGGCGUUGCAUUCCUGUGGCGAGCCCAUCAGCGAUUGGUUUGUGUUUUUUAGCUGAUGUCUCAACUCUGAAGAUGGGCGAUUCAUGUGUUUCCUGCCCAAACGCAAAGUGGUGACGAACAACAACAUCUUUAUACGGAGACAAAUCGUCUCCCGUCACAGACAGGGUAAAAUCGACCAUCUAGGUUUUUUCUUUAUUACCGGUUACCAGUACUUCCGCCGUACCGGCAGCCAGCGGCUCGGCCGCGGCAGACGGCCCAGAUGAUGACCGGCUCACGGUGGAUAGCCUCCCUUGCGGUUCUCUGGAUCGUUACGCUAGAGACGCUUAGCCAGGACCCCACGCAGUCAACAGACUCACCCAGCGAUCUCGAAGAGAUACGCGUUGGAUUACUAACCGCCGCCAAACCACCGACUGAAAGCGAAUUCGUCAACCGGGAAGGCUUGGUAGUGAGCGGUGCUGCUAGCCUGGCUAUAGAACACAUCAACAGCAGGGAUGACCUGCUACCUGACCAUCGACUCGUCCUAUCAAACAUGUACGAUACUAAAGGAACUGAAGUGGGGAGCAUACAACUUCUCACCUCUCAGUGGUUGGAGGGUGUGGUAGCUUUCUUUGGACCCGAUCAGACUUGCGCCACGGAAGCCCGGAUAGCCACUGCGUGGAACCUGCCCAUGAUUUCUUACUUAUGUGCUGCGGAGGUGGUCAGUAACAAGGAGAAAUACGGCACCUUCGCCCGCACCUUUCCCACCGACAAGCAGUUCUCCAAGUCAGUCCUGACCCUCCUCCAACACUUCGACUGGCACGUGGUAUCCAUCGUGGCCGCCAACCAGCCCGUCUUUCAGAGCAUGAAGGCCAGCCUGGAAGAGGUGUUCCUGUCGCAUGACAUCACCAUCAUGAACACCCGGGACUUUGAGUCUCCGUACUUUGGCUUCGUCAUGGAUUUCAUGAAAGACACGACGCUGGCUGAUAUCAUACAGGAAACCUACCAAACGACUAGAAUUUACAUUUUUCUGGGAGAAAACUAUGAGUUGCAGGCCUUUAUGGAGGAAUUAGACGCCAAGGGACUGAUCGACAGUGGGGAAUAUCUUGUCGUUACCGUCUUCAAAGCUUCCCUCAAGCCCGAGCAGAAAGAAACGUUCUUAACAGCUGCGGAUAUUAAGAUAGAUUCGUACCGGCCGAGGCGAGUCAAGUACUUCCAGUCGGUGCUGAUGCUCUUCUACACCUCGGCUAUGAACCCAGACUUUGGUACAUUCCAGGAGAGGGUCGUGUAUUAUCUACAGCAGCCGCCUUUCAACGUAGACAUCACCCACUUGACAGAAAUAAACUUGGGACCUAUAAUUGAUGAAAACGCAGCCAACCUGUAUGACGCCGUGAUGCUCUACGCCCAUGCAUUGAACAGCACUCUAGCAGCCGGUGGGGACGGCAUAAGAAACGGCUCUACGUUGAUCAGCCACGUGGUCGGAAGGUCGUAUCAAAGUAUCACUGGACUUGGGAGAACCAUCGAUGCCAACGGCGACGCCAACGCAAACGUGUCUGUCUACACUAUUCAGAAAGAUGAGAACAGCACGUACGGUCACAUCAUUGCGCCCGUUGCCAUCUUUCAAGACUAUAACGACACACAGGUUUAUGCAGCUCACGCGAAGGCCAAGAUAGAUUGGGUGGGAGGCAGACCUCCACUCGCCGAACCCAAGUGUGGCUUUUUCGGCAAGAAGUGCCCCCCGCCAGAGGUCAACCACACGGGCAAGAUUGUAGCUGGAGCUCUGUCGGGCGUUGGGCUGAUUAUAAUGAUUAUUUUAGCCGUUUGGUAUCGAAAUUGGCGUUAUGAACAGGAGUUGGCGAGUCUCAUAUGGAAAAUCGAUUUUGACGACAUAAACAUGCGGAAAAACGACCCAUUUGGAAGCAGGUUUAGCUUGAUCACCACAGACAGCCGUGGUUCUAUAUUUAAGAGUCAAUUAUACACCAAAGUCGGCGUCUACAAGGGUUCUGUGGUCGCUAUCAAGACACUGGAUAAGAAGAGCGUGGAUCUCAACAGAAGUGUUCGUCUGGAACUGAAGAUUAUGAGAGAUCUUUGUCAUGCCAAUCUCUGUGCGUUUGUUGGUGCCUGUGCCGAUGCACCAAACAUUUGUAUUAUCACCGAGUAUUGCUCUAGAGGUAGUUUACAGGACAUUUUAGAGAAUGAUGAUAUCAAACUGGACAACAUGUUCAUCGCUUCUCUGGUGUCGGAUAUUAUAAAGGGAAUGAGUCAUCUACACACAAGCGUCUUGCAUUCCCACGGUACCCUCAAAUCCUCCAACUGUGUCGUGGACAGCCGAUGGGUUCUCAAGAUCUCGGAUUUUGGCCUGCAUCAUUUUAAGGCGGGCCAUCAAAACCCCGAUAUGGGCGAGCAUGCGUUCUAUCAGAGUUUUUUAUGGAAAGCCCCCGAGCUGUUGAGAGACACACACGCUCCAUCGGAAGGCACACAGAAGGGUGAUAUCUACUCAUUUGCAAUUAUUCUAUACGAGUUAGUCCACAGAAAUGGACCCUUCGGAAACUGUGCUCUCACACCCAAAGAAAUAAUCGAUAAGGUGAAGUACCCCCUCGAUCCCACAAUGCCCUUCCGGCCUAACGUGAUGGAGGUGGAGGAUUGUCACGAGUGUCUACUGACCACCAUGCAGGAGUGCUGGCACGAGGUACCAGACCAGAGACCAGACUUCAAGACUAUCAGAGUCAAACUCAAACCGCUCCACAGUGGCAUGAAGUCCGACAUCCUGGAUAACAUGAUGGCCAUCAUGGAGAAAUAUGCAAACAAUCUGGAGGAGAUAGUGGAGGACCGGACACACCAGCUCGUGGAGGAGAAGAAGAAGACGGAUAAUCUACUCCACAGGAUGCUGCCCAAGCCAGUUGCUAAUCAACUCAAGCGAGGUAUGCAAGUCGUUCCCGAGUCCUUCGACAGUGUCACCAUAUUCUUCAGCGACAUCGUGGGGUUCACUGACCUGUCGUCCAGAAGCUCACCAUUGCAGGUGGUAGACCUGCUGAACGACCUGUAUACCCUCUUUGAUGCCAUCAUCAGCUACUACGACGUGUACAAGGUGGAGACUAUCGGAGACGCCUACAUGUUGGUGUCUGGCUUACCUAUCAGGAAUGGUAUCCGACAUGCUGGGGAGAUUGCCUCCACGGCCCUGCAUCUCCUGACUGCGGUCAAGGAGUUCCACAUCAGGCACAAGCCGGAUGAAAUCCUCAAACUCCGCAUCGGAAUCCACUCAGGUCCCGUUGUGGCAGCAGUCGUCGGGCUAGCAAUGCCUCGGUACUGUCUCUUCGGUGACACAGUCAACACAGCCUCAAGAAUGGAAUCUAAUGGGCAGCCUCUUAAAAUCCACUGUAGCGGUCAGUGCCGUGAGAACCUAGUCAGCCUUGAAGGAUACGAUCUAGAAGAGCGUGGGCUUGUUGCCAUGAAAGGCAAAGGAGAGCUUCUUACCUACUGGUUGGUCGGCCAAGAUCCAUCAUACCAAAGAACUGCUCCCUUGGAUGCCCACUCAGACUCCACCGAGAACGUAGGAGCGUUACAGAUACAGAAGAGCCCUGGUCACGGCCCUAACGCCGUCGACUUGUCCUGCUUCCCACCGUCCACGCCUGACAAACUCAACAGGUUGUCUCGGAACAAUCGGCAAGUGUCGUGUCCAGGAUCGGAUACUUACGGCUCCUCGGAGCGUGUCCUGGGCGCCUCAGACCCAGGCUCCGAUAAGGACGGAUACUUCUUGUGCGAUGUGUCGCAGAACAACAACCGGAGGUCACCUCCAAUGGACAGCCUGCAAAGAACAGACCAAGAAGGAUUUAUUACAGAUGGACUAGAGGAGGAAUCCACUCCUAGUGAUCCCUUGCUGCCCAACAUCACAGACAACCCGAAGAUUAUGAACGACGCCGCGGGAAGACAUGUUGGGUUUCAGAAGAACUCAAUAAUCCGGUCGGUAAAGGACAGCGAUGGUUUGGAGCUUGGGGAGGUCAACGGGGACCGGGUCAAGAAAACUAGCGUGGCCGAUUCGGGAAUCGGCAGUCACGGGACGAAUUCACGAGAUGAUGCGUUGCAGCUUGAGGUGUACCUGUGAUGCAAGGGUUCAGCUCAACAUUAAUGGUGAAGAAAGUCGUGUUUAACUCUAAACAGUAGUGCCGACAUUACUUCUCCAUAUUGGUAAAUGUUCCCAACAAAAAUGAGGAAUUAAGGAAGCUUCUAUUUCGGAACGGAGGUGCUACGCCCAAGUCCGUAUAACAAUUCGAUUAAUAACUGAAAAAAAAGCAUGUUUCAUAAUUCGGAAUUGUCACGUACAAUGUAUUCGGGGAAGCCCAGCAAAGACUCAUGUUUUAUUGGUUUCUUUUAAAUUUUCUGACACAAAAAUGUUUAACACUUGCUUUGAGGGCUAGCUCGUUCGCAAAUUUUCAGUGUUUUACCUCGAGUAUAUCCACCAUUAAUGCGUAGAUCAAAGAGUUCAUUAUGAGAAUAUAAUGAUAAUGGUCAUGAACAAUAUGGUACAGACAGAUUACAGUAAUGAUCCGGUGGUAUUGGGAAUCGUUGGUGAUUCAUGCUUAAAGUUAUUCUCUAAUGGUGUGUCUCUUAUAUGCGCAGCAUGCGUCGACGUCCAUUAGGGCAGUUUCUCAAUUUACUUCAUAUCAGAAAUUGGUCAAUUACGAGUUAUUGAAGUGCGGCUCUUUUUGAACUAAGAAUUUGCAUUUGCAUUUUAAUCAUGGACUUUAUAAUUUCAGAUGCACCCUUUCUAUUUCAUUAUGUUUGGCAUAAAGGAAUGUAGGCCCACCGUUUACAGACGCAGACGUUACUGUUUGUAUCAUUGUUUUUAUCAUUAAGCGAAUGGGACACAAUUACUUAAAACUUAAAACUGAUUCAUAUGAUGUUAUAUACGUUACAUAUUCAACUAUGUUUAAGGGCUUCGUGUGUGUGUGUACCAUCCCCAAAAGGAUAAUCAAUUUUUCUGCAACAUUAACUGAAAAUUAUGACCAGCGUUGCUAAAACAAUCGAUAUUAUAAUACAUUAAUGAUUUCCACAUGUAAAGUGGCUUACUUUCUGAAGGAUUGCAUUUGGUCACAUUCGUUUCGCAUAAAGGUAAGAUCGAUUUCAUUAAUGUUUAAGGGACCACGUGCUACGCGUCUAGUCAGGCUUAAUUGUUAACAUGCUACACCAGUCUGUCGUGUUGUCGUGCCAAUUUCGGUAAAUGUUGUCACAACUGUUUAUCCGUCCAGUUGUCUUGCUGUUGUUUUGACAUGGUAUAUGUGUUUGUCUUGUAUGCCGUCUCACUGUCUGUUCGUUAGUGCGUACUGCGUAAUGACUCAGUGUGACAGUGACGCAAUGUGAAACCCCGACUACUCCGUCUUUACUUUCGACUCGGACACAUGCGUGCGGACAGACCAUUCUAAUAUUAUACCAAAGUGCAUUUAUAAAGAUGUUAAACUAUCAUGACGUAUCAGAUAAAAGAGAAAUAAUAGUUGGCUAUCUGGAAGUACAUAAGUAAACACUUCUGGUGGUGUGUUCCACUUAGAUAGAAGAGCUUACACGCACCGAUGGGCCAAUACUCAAAUGCUAAAAUUGAUGUAUGACAUGACGCACGUAUAGUAUUCCAUCAUAUCAGCAUUCUCGGCACCGAGACUAUUGGGUUUUACCAAACUUAAGACUUUGGAUCCGGUUUCGGCGUCACCUCUGGCUCUAGAAUCAUUCAUCAGCUUUUAAUGUCCAAACUAUAACUUCAUAAUCUGGUCUCGUGUGCCCUUUCACGGAUAGAUUUCAAGUAUGCAGUGAAGCUUUAUGCUGCACAUUACCGGUCUGCCGGCUAUCCGUAAAACGAUCUAUGUGAUAAGCCAUGUCAAAUGGUUCACAACAUGUUUUGAAUGGUUAAAGAUAUUUUCUUCUGCAAUACAUGCAUAUCUCUUGAAAUAUACUGCUUAAUGUGGGCCAAAUAACAUGCAAAAGAUGCCUAAAUGUUUGGGUUGCCCGGCUGUGUUGCCUGUCGGCAUGACGUCACAGGUAAUAUAGUCUAUCGGAUGUGAUACAUUGGGCCAGAGUUUCCCACUUAAGGGACCAGAUAUCGCGAGGCUGGAGCCUGAGGAAGAAGUAAGAGACAACACUUUGAGUUUGGUAAAUCCCGUACAAACCAAUACCGACGAACAAACGACGAAAUGCCGAGUGAUGAACUUAACGUAUUACUGUAAUAGAACUGUAAUAAUCAAUGUGACAUCAGUGUUCAAUUACUUUAAUUUGUUCAUACAAAAACCAAUUCCGAUUUAUAUUAGGUAAGCAUUUCACACCUACCAUGUUACUGUAAAUUAACGCAUUUUGCUCGUUGGAUCAUAAUUAUUGAACACUCGAGCACGAGUCUUACUAUUUUUUUAUUAGAGCAUAGCAACAUGCAGUGCCUGGAUCCAAUGGCACUUCUGAUCCCAAAUUGUACCCCAAGGUGCCUUGGUGACUCGAGCAAAACAGGUAAAGUACGCAAAUUGCCAAACACAAGAAACUUUCCGAACUCUGAUCGGUGUGGUUUGACACAAGAAAAUAUAGAAAGGACACGAGACGGACAUUAUACCUACCGGUGACGGACGCUGGAGUGACUCAUUGUCAACAGUUUGUUUCCAUUGUUUGUUUGCUGUGCCGUCCCAAUGCCUGGCAUAUGUUAAAGAAACACCCUCUGUUUAAGUCAUGAACAGGCUGAAUGUGUUUUAUUACCAGUAUUUCCCCUUUUAACUGCAUGUAGAACUCAUUGUUUUAGUGUUUUAAACAGAAAAGAAGAAAAUCAAAACGUACGUUCAAAUUCAUUGCCUAAGCACUGCCUUAUUUUAAAUCAGAAAUUGGUCAGGAUUUACCUUUAAUCUAUUGUGCGGUAUUUAAUGUGGAAGCUAAAACCGUCAAAUACAAGUGAAAAGUAGCUUGUGUGCUUGCAUCUUUUAAAUAAAAAUCUAAAAAAGUUAAGAACGUUCUAUUUAGUACCUUCACAAAAUGUGGUGUUUUUAAGGAUUUUUGUGUUAAAUUAUGCCGGAAUUUUAACUCAAGGUACAUUUACAGUUUAUUUUUUGUAAAAAAAAAUCUACAAGGACAAUUAACUUAAUAAAUACAAAAACAUAUGUUUUAAUCAGCAUUGCAACGAUGUCAUCAAGACAAUAUUAUUUAAACGCGUAUAUUGCGAUAUGUUUUGCUGAGGUGUCCCGUUUACCAUUUUCAUGGAUUGUAAUGAAAUCGAAUGUAUUGUGUAUCCCCUUAACCCCUGUAAGUACCCACUCCCUAUUUAUUGCUUAACUUGGAGUACUUGUAUAAAAUCAUUUUUGAUACGCGGUGAACGAACUCCUACUGCCAACUUGUGAAAUGUCAAGUCAAGCAACAAGUUUAGGCUUAAAUCGAUCGCUUUCAGAGAAGCACCGCCUUUCUGACAAAACUAUUAACUUAAAAGUACGAUGUCUUAACUUGCAAGUGAACAGAAAUCUAGAAAAUAAAUUUGAAUUGAUAUGAAACAAAGUGAUACUUUUACGCUUUAAAGAAUGGAUAACUAAUUAAUGUUAACUCUUUCCUCACAAUGGGGUUAAAUUGUAAACAGACCGACGAUCCCGAUCAAAUAAACUCGAUCGCCGCUGUGCACUCUAUUUUAUUGAGGGCGUUUUAGAGGUAGCGGGACAAACAUGACCCGCAAACACGGCCUGCGUUUAGAAAAGGAAAUGUUUAGUUUCGGGAUUUAAUUUCGUUAAUUGACGAAUUGGAUUGAUGUGACUUACUACGUUACCUUAAAG